UAAAAUCCAGAUUAGAAAAAAAAAAUAAUAAAAAUAAAAAUGUAUCAAUAAUAAAAAUUAAAAGUCCAGCUUUAGUCUUUGGAGUUAGAUUUUGGUGAUAUUAGUAUGCAUUUGAGCAAAAUUUCUUUGUCAGCUUAAACAACCUAAGCUAGAUUUACUUCUUCUAAUUAAUAAAGUUAUUUAUCCAGACCAUCAAAUUAAAUAGAUACUGGUUUUGUUUGUCCUUCUGGCCAUAUUCUUUAAGAAUCAUACUAAAGAGUAGAAACUUGUACAUGUGAUUCUUGCUUUGAGCCUGGAUUUGAUGGAGGAAAUUAUGUUCUAUCUUGUUCAUAGUGUGAUUAUGAUUUAUGUCUAUACUGCAAAGAAGGAUAUGAGGACCAAAAAAUGUAAAAUAUUUGCAGUAAUCAAGGAUCAAAAAUUUGUCCUGAAGGGCAUUAUUUAACAGUUAGACAGUUAAAGUAAUCUAAUAAUACUUACUGUGAUAAUUGUUUUGAAAGAGCAGAUGAAUAUGGAAGUUAUACGUUAAGGUGUAAAUAUUGUGAUUUUGAUAUUUGUGCUGGUUGUGAAUCUAAAUAUAAACUAUAAAAAGUUCUUUAGUGCGUAAACUCUCAUCCACUAAGGCUAAAUUUUGAUAGAAUUUUAAGAAACAUGUGUGAUCUAUGCAAAACACCUUGUAAAAAAUAUGGAAUAUAUGCACUGACUUGUGAAGACUGUGAUUUUGAUAUCUGCAUUAAGUGCAAAGAUUAAAUUUUAAAAAUAAGAGAUUCUUGA